AUGUUGCUAUCACCAGGCCACUCCCCCCGUCGGCUCUCUUCUCCGUCACCUUCGGUCUCUGAAACACCGAUUCAUCAAAACGUUGGAUCCUCCAAUGCUUCACUCACCACAACCCCCAAAAACCCUAGAAAACGCGCUUCUUCCACCGUCCUCGACGAGGACACCUACGUUGCUGCGAUCGAGAAGAUCAUCGAGCGGGACUUCUUCCCGGAUAUACCUAAGCUCCGAGACCGACUUGAUUGGCUGGAAGCUACUCGUACCGGUGAUCCUAUGCAAAUCCGUGAUGCGCAGUUGAAGAUUAUCGAGAGACGCUCUGGGAAAGUUUCGGUUACGGAUACAGAAGGUAAAAUUCGUACACCUGGUUCAACUUUUUUUAGAAAUACGACUCCGUUGGAGUUCGAUAGGACUCCUGGUACCGAUAGUUUUGUGAAGGAUGAGCUCUUGAAUGCCGCUAGGGAACUUGUUAAGGAAGAUGGGUCUGUAGACGCUGAUUCAUUAACACUUGAUGAGUUUUUUAGAAAGUAUACAAGUGAAGACAACGAUAGUUUUUCCAAACUCAUCGAGAAGGUUAACAGAAAGAAACGAGAAAGGUAUGCGUUUUUACUGGAAGGUGAGAAUCGAGACACAGCAUUGAUCGAGGAUGCCAAAAAGGACAGAAUCACAGAUGGAUACGGGACAUCUGAUCAGCCAUUAGCAACAUUAGAAGGUUGGAAGUACACUGCAAAGAAUCUAUUAAUGUAUCAUCCAGCCGAUAGAGGUGAAGCCCCAUUAACUCAAGACGAAUUGGCUGAAAGAUUGAAAGGGAUGACAAAGGAAAUCAGCAAACCAAACACACGUUUCCAUGGAAAGAUGAUGGAUUCAAAGCCUAAAGAAGACGACCCCAUGUCUGUUCUUUACAACCCUGUAGCAGGUGGGACACCAGUUCAAUGGUCCAUGUCAGAUAGAGAUGGAGACAAGUUCAAAAGAUACGAUUUAGAAGACUUAAGAAAAACCCCAAAUCCAUUCUACGUUGAAUCCAACAAGAAAUCAGACAACGGGUAUACCUUUGUUAGAACUCCAUCUCCUGCACCAGGUGUAGAUGAAUCCCCUUUCAUUACAUGGGGAGAAAUUGAAGGAACCCCUUUGAGAUUAGAACCAGAAGAUACUCCAAUUGAUAUUGGUGGUAGUGGUAAUGGGCCUCAAUUCAAGAUCCCACUUCCACCUUCAAGAGACUUAAAAGCUCAUUCUUUAUCAAGAGAAGCUGCCCGAAAACUUAGGGACAGGUCUAAGAUGUUCAAGAAACCACCAUUGCAUAGAGGAGGAAGUGCUAGUCCAGGUGCCCGAACUCUUUCCCCUGCUGCCCAAAAAUUUGUGAGAAAUGCAAUUGCUAAAUCUUCAAAUUCAAACGUUGAUGAAUCACUUCGUGCAAGUUAUCGUGGAUCAAGCCCUGGUUUGUCUACACCAAAAGCUGGAAGAAGUGUGUCAAGGUUAGGAAGAGAUGGUAGCAUGAGUUCAAGAUCACCAUCUGUUGGGGAAGCCUCUAAUCCUCCUUGUUAUCUACUAAAGUCAUUGAAGAGGGAAUGGAAUGGAGUAUUACUACGGAAUGUGAAAUCAUGUUUGCUUGCCUAA